GGUGCUUUCCAUCUGCUAGAAUAGUAGUAAACGAGGUAACUCAGGUGAUGCUUCCACCCCUUCAAUAGAUGGUGAGUCCGCCCUAACUACAUAACAGCUGGAAAUUCGCGUCCACUUCGACUGGAAUGUCGAAAAAUAAAGCUCGAAUUAUUACCUGCUCGAAUGUCGUUGAUUGAUUACGAGCGAACUGAUUGUCCGCGAUUGUAUUCAUCCUUCAGAAAUUCGGCACUUCUUCAUGUAAUAAACUGUAUUAAUAAUGAAAGCUUUGAAGAGAAAGUAUCUCAUCUGAUAACGUUAUGGAAGUGUUUAGCCAAAUUUUCCAAUUAUUUACAAGAAAUUUCAGAACUGUAUCAGUUUGUCCUAAAGGAAAGUUCCUUAGUAAUCCUUUCAAGUCAGUGGUCCAAAAUAAAUAUAUCUAUGAAAAGAACAAUGGCAAAAAUGUUAAUUUAUGGCAGCCAUAUUCUAGGUCCUCGUAUCAAAGGAAGUGCACGCACGUGUGCUGCUUUAAUAAUGGCUAUUUAUGAUCCUUGGAAUGAACCAAUAUUAAAGAAAGCACUUUCUGACGAUAAUUUUCUUGAGGAGUUAGCUUGUAAGUAUAUUAUUUUUUAUUACAUAUAAGUAAUUGCUUGAGCUCAUUCAUCUUGAAAACUUGUAUUAUUUUUUAAAUUUAUUUUGAAAUUAUUAUUAUUAUUAUUAAUAUUAUUAUAAAAAGAAUUCCUUUUGCAUAUACAUGUUAACUCUAGGGAGAAAAACUAUUGUUUAGGCCAAGGUUAAAUGUCAGUUUAAGUUUUAUAGUUUAAAUGUUUCUAAAAAUUUUGUGUGUUAUCUUAAAAAUUUAAGAAAUUUCCUAUUGUACUGCAGAUUUUAAAAUUUUGGCUCUAGUUGAAUAUUUAGAUGCAGCAUUAAACUAAAAUUUUUUAAAAUGCAAAUGAUCUAAAUAAGUACUUGAAUAUUUUA